AAAUUAAAUGUUUAUAGCGCGUUUAUCUGGGAUAACCCAACUGACAUUGCUUCCAUAUAUAACUAUUUGUUCAUCGCUACUUGAUUCAGUCGAUCGUGUGAGAAAGUAGAAGACAGAGGUGUUAAAUAGCAAUAAUUAUGAAGGUAAAGUUCCUUAUAUUACCAUUUUUGGUAAUAUUAAAUUUAAGGGCCGUAUUUUCCGCACCAGGAGAUGUAAGUUUUAUUAUAUCGACAACUGAACAACCAAAAGAAGGCAAGGAAGGAGUGACCACAGAUAUUGAAGAUGUUUACUUGGUGCCUGUGAUUUAUGAAAUGGAUGUACAUUCCAAUGUAACGAAUCGUUACGCUAAGACUGUGAUAACAAAUAGGGUAAAAAACCCAGCUAAGUCAGCCAAGCAAACAACCUUCUCUGUUGUUCUUCCAGAAAAAGCAUUUAUUUCGGAAUUCGUGAUGGAAAUUGGCUGGAACAAGUACCAAGCUUACGUCAGGGAAAAAGAAGAGGCUAAAAAAAUUUAUACUAAGGCAGUAGAAAGUGGCCAAAGCGCAGCUCAUGUAGCGAUAAGUACCAAAGAUUCCAACACCUUCACAGUCUCCGUGAACGUAGGAGCUGAAGAAAAGGCAACAUUCUAUUUGACAUAUGAGGAACUUUUGGAAAGAAAAAAUAACCAAUACGAUUUAGUUCUUAACAUUCGUCCCGGACAAAUAGUUGACCAUCUUAAUGUUCAAGUAUACAUCAACGAAUCCAGACCUUUGGUCUUUGUGAAAACUCCAUCUCUAAGAUCUGGCAAUGAAAUCGCUAAAAACAGCGAUAAACUUGACCCUGCCUCUUUUGUAGAAAUCAUUAACUCUACCAGUGCUCUAGUUAAGUUCCAACCAGACGUUGUUAAACAACAAGAAUAUGCUAAGGAAUUAGGAGGAAUAGAAUUAAAUGGUCUUGCAGCGCAAUUUAUAGUUCAGUACGAAGUUGAAAGAGACCCACAAGGUGGAGAGGUGUUGUUGCAAGAUGGAUACUUCGUACACUUUUUCGUACCAAAGGACGCAGAAGUCAUCCCCAAGCAUGUAUACUUCAUCUUAGAUACAAGUUCCAGUAUGUACGGUAACAAACUCCAGCAAGUCAAAGAUGCCAUGACCAGUAUUUUGGAGGAGAUAAAACCCGAAGACUCACUCAGUAUUGUCGAAUUCAACAGCGAAAUAUACGUGUGGGACAUAGACAAUGAGAAAUCAGUUCUUGCUCAGUGGGACAACUACAGAGAACCGUUUGAACAAUUAGGUAAACUUAACUUACCAGGACCAGUGUCAGCAACAAAGGAAGCAAUUGAGAAAGCUAAGAAACUUGUCGAAAACAUGCAAGCUGGAGGUGGCACUCACAUGAUUGGUGGAUUGGAUGCUGGCCUGUAUCUUGUAAAAUCUGAAAUAGAAAGAACUAAAGAAAGCAACGAUCAUAGACAACCUCUUAUAAUAUUCCUAACUGACGGACAGCCCAACAUAGGUUUACAUUCUACAAUUGAAAUCAUUGAUGUGGUCACUAAGUUAAACGAAAACAUCAAAACUCCACUGUACACUCUAGCUUUUGGAGAAUCUGCCGACGAAAAUUUCUUAAGAAAACUCUCUUUGAAAAACAAAGCAUUCUCAAGACAAAUAUACGAAUCAGCAGAUGCCGCCAUCCAACUGCAACAAUUCUACAGACAAAUAUCCUCUCCACUUCUAUCAAAUGUCCAUUUCAAAUACAACGACGAUGCUAGUGAAGUUACAAACACAGGAUUUCCUAUUUUGUACGCUGGUGGAGAAAUUGUUGUUACUGGACGAUUCGUAGGUAAUAGUUUUGAUCCUGCAAUUAGCGCUGUUGGUAAACGAGGACCUUUAAUAUAUAGACCAAGGGUUCACAAGCCUGUAAAUUCGUUGGAACGUCUUUGGGCGUACUUGACUGUAAGGGAAACCCUCGAGAAAAUGAAAAUUGCCAAAGAUAAAACAGAACUUACUAAGAAAGCUUUGAAGCUGGCACUUAAGUACUCGUUUGUUACUGAGGUGACAUCAUUGGUUGUAGUGAAACCCAACUCUACACGUCCCAUAUAUGCAGAUGACGGAUAUCUUCGAAGUGAAGGACAAGAAUAUUCGACCCCGGCUUUUCACGCAUACGGAAGAGGUGGACGACCUGCUGGAGGUCAACACAAAGUAGCAUACUCCGCCGUCUCAUCCAGUUCAUUCGUAAGCAACAGAGAAUCUGUUGUACAUGUACAACAAAUACCACGACCACGAAGACCAAGAGUACAAACAACAACACAUAAACCAACACCACUACCAACACCGACUGAAACAUCUAAAAACGCCACACUAGAAGACUCUUUAAAAUGGUUGUCGGCCGCUUUAAGUGAAAAGAAAACUUUAACCGUGCCAUCAGGUGAAUUAAAACUUGGUGAUGAUUCAUUAAAAAUUGCUGCCACUGAAACUUGUCCAAAAACUCCCGAAGGCAAAGAAGGUGUUUGCUCUCUCAUUAAAGAUUGCCCUCAAGUAUUCCCACAAUUGGCUGAUUUCGAAGUAUACAAGACCUUCUCCUGUGUUAUGCAAAAAGAAUAUUCUGGAGUCUGCUGCCCAAAGAAAGCUGAAGUGGCUGCUUAAGAAUAUUGUUGAUUGUUGUUAUUUUGUAAUGAAAUCUAGAAGUUGUUAAAGUUUAUGUUUUUAUAAGGGUAAAAUUUUUUUUUUAAAUAAAUAAAUUCAUCUUUAA